CGCGGCCAAAAUGGCGGGGUCGCAGCUGUACACACAGUGGAUUUGCUUAACUCCGAGGCCACAAUACUUUAUCGAGUGAUUUGACUGCGCUGUUCUGCAAAAAGGAAACAUCGUCAAGGAGUGCAUGCAGGCAGCAUGGGACAACGGUAUCAACUUCUUCGAUACUGCUGAAGUCUACUCUGCUGGACAAUGCGAGAUCGAGAUGGGCAACGCCUUCAAGGAGCUCGCAUGGCCGCGUGACGAAUACGUUCUGUCUACUAAGGUGUUCUUUGGAACAUCGAGGAAGGAGCCCAACACCCGUGGUCUGAGCAAGAAGCACAUCAUUGAGGGCUUGAAGAGCUCCCUGAAGCGCCUGCAGCACGACUACGUUGAUGUCGUGUUCGCUCACCGUCACGAUCCUGACGUGCCCAUGAAGGAGAUCGUUGAGGCCUUCACGCAGGCGAUCCAUAUGAACCUCGCUUACUACUGGGGAACGUCAGAGUGGCCUGCCGCUCAAAUCCAGGAAGCGACCGAGAUCGCCGAGAAGUACCACCUUAUCGCGCCCAUCGUCGAGCAGCCUCAGUACAACGCCUUCCACCGCGAGCGAUUCGAGAAGGAGUACGCCCCCUUGUACGAGAAGUUCCAGUACGGCACCACCAUCUGGUCGCCGCUUGCUUCUGGUCUAUUGACCGGCAAGUACAACGAGGGCAUUCCUGAGGAUUCUCGCUUCGCUACCAACAAGGAGUUCUUCAAGAAGACGAUCGAGGAGCUGAAGAGCGACGAGGGACAGGCAAAGGUCGAGAAGGUCAAGAAGUUGACCAAGGUCGCUGAGAAGCUCGGAGCUUCUACCAGCCAGCUGGCGCUUGCCUGGGUUGCGAAGAACCCCCACGUCUCAACAGUCAUCCUGGGUGCCAGUAAGGUGCAGCAGGUUCACGACAACUGCGCUGCCCUUAAGUUGCUUCCCAAGCUGACACCAGAGGUCAUGGAGGAGAUCGAGGGUAUCCUUGGAAACAAGCCCUGACUGUCCUCGAAGCUUUGAGUCCGUCCGGCGUUGAUGGCCCCUCAACGUGAGAGACUUCCUUGGGUCGAGACGGCAA